AUGACGCCGCUCCUCGUCCUUGGCCGCGCCAGGCUCUCCUUCCUACUGCGCCAGCCCUUCGGCUGCACCAGUUCUUUCUUCUCCGUGCAGGAUCUGUGCGUCUGCGCCAUUGUUGCUGUUGCUGGCGACUGUCCUUGGCAGCAGUGCACGAUGGGCGAUGGCCUCAUCUGCUUGCCUGCGAUGCUCUGCGGUCGCCUCGGCCCUGCCACAGCGGCCUCGUCCACCUGGAGACCUGAGUCGGCAGCACCCCAGUGCCGCCUCGUGGGCGGCGUGGCGGGCGGCCAGCUGUCACUGCUGCCUUCCCUCUCGAUGAGCCUCGCCUCGCUCCUCUUCUACUCGAGCCUCGUCUCGUGUGCCGCCUCGUGGGCGACAUGGCGAGUGAGCCUCAGCUCGCUCCUGGAGAGUCACGGAAUCGCGCGCGCCUCCACCAGGAAGGGCUACGCAGUAUCCCUGACAUCCCCUGGGAUCCUGCCACUGAAGGCGGAGGGUUGGGACUCAAACGGCUUGGGUUGCUACAGGUACGGAGGGGACCUCAACGUCCUGUAG